UGUGUAGGUGGGAAAGGAGACUGUUCAGACCACAGAGGACCAGGUGAUGAAGAGAGACAUGCCUCCCGCCUUCAUAAAGUGAGUCACGCCUCUUACCUUGACCUCUGAUCUACUCCUGACCCCCUAACCUCUAACCCUUUAACUCUCGGGACUGAUUUCUAGGGGUUUGCAGUGUGCACUCUUCAGCCAAUCAGCAGCAUUCAUUGAUCAGUAAAGUACCAGAGAGAAACACAAAAACCAGCAGGACGGGGGGACUGGAGGGCUGAGGUUUACACCCCAUGUCAAAUCAAACUAGAUUAAUUCUAACAAUGUCUAAUUGUAUUAUUUUAUACCAUCCCUUUUAGCCUUGGUAGCCUUCCUUUUCGGAGGACUUCUGUCUUUUAUAGUUUAUAGAUGGUUUAGUAAUGAUGCCCUUCUCUUGUGUCAGUGAGUGAUGUUGCUCUCUUCUCCGCCCAUCUGGUCUUUUUGUCUCUGUGUCUGUUUCUGUCUCUCUCUCUCUCAUCGGUGGAGGAAAUAAUAAUGAUAAUUCGUUUUAGGUUUGCUUAGCAGGAUGUGAACUCUGUCUGUCUGUUGGUGAUGUAAUUUAAUAACGACAGGGCUGACUGGACUGUCUGUUUUGCCUGAGAAUGCUCUGCCCAGAGGUGUAUACUGUAGCUGUGCUCUGUGUUCUGCUGUCAGUCUAUCAGUAUGUCAGUUCUGCUGUGUGGUUCUGUCUGUAUGUCUGUCUGUCCAGAACUCUGCUGUGGGGUUCUGCUGACUAUCUGAUCUGCUCUGCUACGCUCAGUGUCCAGAGGAGAGUGGUGUGGCUCUAAGGAUUAGACUCUGACUCUGUUACUCAGCAGUUCUGCUGCUACCUCUCUCUCUCUCUUUCACUCUCGUUCUCUUCUCUCUCCUGGUGACUGCUGUAGGAGUGAAGUUUUUAGAUCUCUUCACAUGAGAAGUCCACAGCGCAGUCCCACGCAGACACACACACACACACAAACUGGCACUGCAUCAUAAAUAUCAUACUCAAGGCUCAGCAGGGGUUAUGAGGGAAUGUGAACCCUGCUAUAUUUAGUUCUCUUGGCAGAAAAUUGAUACUCUGGCCAAUGAGGGCUCAACUCAUUGAUACCCUAACCAAUGAGGUCACAGGAAGGCCCUGUUCCAAUAGUCUUAAAAUCCUCCCUCCCUCCCUCCCUCCCUCCCUACCUUUCUUCAACCCUUACUUUAUUCCUUCUUUCCUCCUUUCAUUGUUUCCUUCCUUCCUUCUGUCCUUCCUUCUCUGGAUAGAGCUGGGCUGUCAAUAAUAAUACAUGUUCUAUGUCCAGUACUGUAGCUAAAUUGUUCUAAGCUGUAUCUAUGUUCUGUGUUCUAACAGGGUGGAGAACACAUGUUCUAAGCUGGUUCUAUGGUCUAUGUUCUAACAGGAUGGAGAAUGUGUGUGUUCUAAGCUGGUUCUAUGGUCUGUGUUCUAACAGGGUGGAGAAUGCGUGUUCUAAGCUGGUGCAGGCGGCUCAGAUGUUGAAGGCGGAUCCCUACUCGGUUCCUGCCAGAGACUACCUCAUUGACGGUUCUAGAGGAAUCCUGUCUGGAACCUCAGACCUGCUGCUCACUUUCGACGAAGCUGAGGUAGGGCUGUGUGUGUGUGUGUGUGUGUGUGUGUGUGUGUGUGGCGGCAGCAGUGUAAUACGCAUUACACUGUUUCAUCACCAGCUGCCCUGCUACUGAACGACAGCAACUCCCCUCGAUCACAAGACCUACAUCACAAGACACACACACGCACGCACACACACGCAGGGUUCAAAAGGACAGACAUACGUACUUAAAAGCAGUACUUCUGUUGUGGCACUGUAUUCACAAUCACAAGCAACAACAUCCUUUAAGUCAAACUGUGUCCUGAUUCUCAACCCUUCUCCUAAAGUGUGCACUUGCACACUCCCAUUCAUGGAUUUAUAAACAUUGGAUUUGUGUAAGCAUUGGCUGGAGGGAGUUUUCACCAUUGUUAAAUCCAUGUCCAUGAAGAAAUCAAUGGAGAAUCGGUCAAAGUGAAGAGGUCCUAUUAUACUAAAAACAUGUAAAGUGUUGGUCCCAUGUUUCAUGAGCUGAAAUAAAAGAUCCCAGAAAUGUUCCAUACGCACAAAAAGCUUAUUUGUCUCAAAUGUUGUGCACAAAUUUGUUUAGAUCCCUGUUAGUGAGCAUUUCUCCUUUGCCAAGAUAAUCCACCUGACAGAUGUGGCAUACCAAGAAGCUGAUUAAACAGCAUGAUCAUUACACAGGUGCACCUUGUGCUGAGGACAAUAAAAGAUCACUCUAAAAUGUGCAGUUUUGUCACACAACACAGUGCCACAGAUGUCUCAAGUUUUGAGGGAGCGUGCAAUUGGCAUGCUACCUGCAGGAAUGUCCAUCAGAGCCGUUGCCAGAGAAUUGAAUGUCAGUUUCUCUACCAUAAGCCCCCUCCAACGUCGUUUUAGGGAAUUUGGCAGUACAUCCAACCGGCCUCACAACCGCAGACCAUGUGUAACCACGCCAGCCCAGGAUCUCAACAUCCAGCUUCUUCACCUGUGGGAUUGUCUGAGACCAGCCACCCGGACAGCUGAUGAAACAGUGUGUUUGCACAACCGAAGAAUUUCUGCACAAACUGUCUCAGGGAAGCUCAUCUGUGUACUCGUCCUCACCAGGGUCUUGACCUGACUGCAGUUUGGCAUCUUAACUGACUUCAGUGGGCAAAUGCUCACCUUCGAUGGCCACUGGCAUGCUGGAGAAGUGUGCUCUUCACGGAUGAAUCCUGGUUUCAACUGUACGGGGCAUCGUGUGGGCAUCGUGUGGGGGCGAGCGGUUUGCUGAUGUCAACGUUGUGAACAGUGUGGCAUAAGCUACGGACAAUGAACACAAUUGCAUUUUAUCGAUGGCCAUUUGAAUGCACAGAGAUAACGUGACGAGAUCCUGAGGCCCAUUGUCGUGCCAUUCAUCCGCCGCCAUCACCUCAUGUUUCAGCAUGAUAAUGCACGGCCCCAUGUCGCAAGGGUCUGUACACAAUUCCUGGAAGCUGAAAAUGUCCCAGUUCUUCCAUGGCCUGCAUACUCACCAGACAUGUCACCAUCCAUUGAGCAUGUUUGGGAUGCUCUGGACCGACGUGUACAACAGCGUGUUCCAGUUCCCGCCAAUAUCCAGCAACUUUGCGCAGCCAUUGAAGAGGAAUGGGACAACAUUCCACAGGCCACAAUCAACAGCCUGAUUAACUCUAUGCGAAGGAGAUUUGUUGCGCUGCAUGAGGCAGAUACUGACUGGUUUUCUGAUCCAUGCCACUACUUUUUUUUAAAGGUAUCUGUGACCAACAGAUGCAUAUUUGUAUUCCCAGUCAUGUGAAAUCCAUAGAUUAGGGCCUAAUACAUUUAUUUAAAUUGACUGAUUUCCUUAUAUUAACUGUAACUCAGUAAAAUCUUUGAAAUUGUUGCAUGUUGCGUUAAUAUUUUUGUUGGUCAGUCCUGUUAGGUAUGCUGUGGUGUCACACAAUUAGAUGGGUUAAGGGUUAGAGCCAGGGGGUGAGAGAUAAGGUCAGGGUUAUGGUAGCCUCUGCCGAUACCCCAACAACCGGACACUUUUGGACGUUAACAAGGCGACACUCCCUCUUAACUCCUCCUCCACAUUUACUGGAUUGGUUGAAUAACGCAGAAGAGAAUCUCCCCCGACAGUUCUUUUCAUCGCAUGAAGACCAGUAUGUAGGGUAUCUAGUUUCAGGCGUUUAUUUUACGCAUGCUAUGUUAUGUUAGGGUCAUGGUUAAGAGUUGCUGUACCUUAACUAGAUGCUAUCUGUUGUGUGCAUGUAAGCUCAUCCAAGUGUGUGUGCGGUCGGGUGUGUGUGUGUUUUUAUUUUUUCAGGUGCGUAAGAUCAUCCGUGUGUGUAAGGGGAUCCUGGAGUAUUUGACGGUAGCUGAGGUGGUGGAGACCAUGGAGGACCUGAUCACCUACACCAAGAACCUAGGACCAGGUAACCUCACCUGUAGGCUCUGACCCUUAACCUCUGACCUGACCUCUAAACCUGAUCACCUAUAUCAAGAAACUGAGACCAGGUAACCUCACCUUAAACCUCUGACCCAUAACCUCUGACCUCUAACCCAGCGGUUCACAACCUUUUCUGUACUGGUAACCACCAAAUCACCGUAAAAAAUGAGGACCCCCAUUCGUGGAGUCACAGAAUUGUCUAAAAUAAAGUAUUUUCACGGUCAAAUUUAGGGUAUUUUUUCUCAGUGAAUGUAAUAGAUUAUAGGCCUAUUAUUAUUAUUAUUAUUAACAAUUUGCAUUGUGAAAAGUAACGUAAAAGUAACGUUAAAUUGCUUAGAAUACCAUGAAUACUGUUAUUAAUUUAGAAAGAAAACAAAUCUUGACAAAAUAAAAACAAAUCUUUAAAGAAAUGUGGACCACCUGCAGUACCAGAACAUAGGUUGAAAACCACUGCUCUAACCUGACAUCUAACCCUGAUCACCUACACUAAGAACCUGGGACCAGGUAACCUCUGACCAUGAAGAUAAUUGGUUCAGGAUAUUUUUCACUCUGUGUUGUGAAUGGCUAACAGGUAUGACUAAGAUGUCUAAGAUGAUUGAGGAGCGACAGCAGGAGUUGACCCAUCAGGAACACAGACAGAUGCUAUUCAACUCCCUGAACACUGUCAAACAACUACUGCCUGUACUCAUAUCAGGUCUGUCGGUCUCUCUCUCUCUCUCUCUCUCUCUCUCUCUCUCUCUCUCUCUCUCUAUCUCUCUCUAUCUCUCUCUCUCAAUUCAAUUCAAUUCAAUUUAAGGGCUUUAUUGGCAUGGGAAACGUGUGUUAACAUUGCCAAAGCAAGUGAAGUAGAUAGUAAACAAAAGUGAAAUAAACAAUAAAUAUUAACAGUAAACAUUACACUCAGAAGUUUCAAAAGAAUAAAGACAUUUCAAAUGUCAUAUUAUGUAUAUAUACAGUGUUGUAACAAUGUGCAAAUAGUUAAAGUACAAAUGGGAAAAUAAAUAAACAUAAAUAUGGGUUGUAUUUACAAUGGUGUUUGUUCUUCACUGGUUGCCCUUUUCUUGUGGCAACAGGUCACAAAUCUUGCAGCUGUGAUGGCACACUGUGGUUUUCACCCAGUAGAUAAGGGAGUUUAUCAAAAUUGGGUUUGUUUUCGAAUUCUUUGUGGAUCGCUGUAAUCUGAGGGAAAUAUGUGUCUCUAAUAUGGUCAUACAUUUGCAGCUCAGUUUCAACCUCAUUUUGUGGGCAGUGUGCACAUAGCCUGUCUUCUCUUGAGAGCCAGGUCUGCCUACGGUGGCCUUUCUCAAUAGCAAGGCUAUGCUCACUGAGUCUGUACAUAGUCAAAGCUUUCCUUAGGUUUGGGUCAGUCGCAGUGGUCAGGUAUUCUGCCACUGUGUACUCUCUGUUUAGGGCCAAAUAGCAUUCUAGUUUGCUCUGUUUUUUUGUUUGUUCUUUCCAAUGUGUCAAGUAAUUCUCUUUUUGUUUUCUCAUGAUUUGGUUGGGUCUAGUUGUGUUGUUGUUGUUGUUGUUGCCCUGGGGCUGUGUGGGGUCUGUUUGUGUUUGUGAACAGAGCCCCAGGACAAGCUUACUUAGGGGACUCUUCUCCAAGUUCAUCUCUCUGUAGGUGAUGGCUUUGUUAUGGAAGGUUUGGGAAUCGCUUCCUUUUAAGUGGUUAUAGAAUUUAACGGCUCUUUUCUGGAUUUUGAUAAUUAGCGGGUAUUGGCCUAAUUCUGCUCUGCAUGCAUUAUUUGGUGUUUUACGUUGUACACGGAGGAUGUUUUCAAUUUGGUGUUUGUCCCAUUUUGUGAAUUCUUGGUUGGUGAGCGUACCCCAGACCUCAGAACCAUAAAGGGCAAUGGGAUCUAUAACUGAUUCAAGUAUUUUUAGCCAGAUCCUAAUUGGUAUGUCAAAUUUUAUGUUCCUUUUGAUGGCAUAGAAGGCCCUUCUUGCCUUGUCUCUCAGAUCGUUCACAGCUUUGUGGAAGUUACCUGUGGCGCUGAUGUUUAGGCCGAGGUAUGUAUAGUUUUUUGUGUGCUCUAGGGCAACGGUGUCUAGAUUAUUUUUGUCUUACUGAGAUUUACUGUCAGGGCCCAGGUCUGACAGAAUCUGUGCAGAAAAUCUAGGUGCUGCUGUAGGCCCUCCUUGGUUGGUGACAGAAGCACCAGAUCGUCAGCAAACAGAAGACAUUUGACUUCAGAUUCUAGUAGGGUGAGGCCGGGUGCUGCAGACUGUUCUAGUGCCCUCGCCAAUUCGUAGAUAUAUAUGUUGAAGAGGGUGGGGCUUAAACUGCAUCCCUGUCUCACCCCACGGCCCUGUGGAAAGAAAUAUGUGUGUUUUUUGCCAAUUUUAACCGCACACUUGUUGUUUGUGUACAUGGAUUUUAUAAUGUCGUAUGUUUUUCCCCCAACCCCACUUUCCAUCAAUUUGUAUAGCAGACCCUCAUGCCAAAUUGAGUCAAAAGCUUUUUUGAAAUCAACAAAGCAUGAGAAGACUUUGCCUUUGUUUUGGUUUGUUUGUUUGUCAAUUAGGGUGUGCAGGGUGAAUACGUGGUCUGUCAUACGGUAAUUUGGUAAAAAGCCAAUUUGACAUUUGCUCAGUACAUUGUUUUCACUGAGGAAAUGAACUAGUCUGCUGUUAAUGAUAAUGCAGAGGAUUUUCCCAAGGUUGCUGUUGACGCAUAUCCCACGGUAGUUAUUGGGGUCAAAUUUGUCUCCACUUUUGUGGAUUGGGGUGAUCAGUCCUUGGUUCCAGAUAUUGGGGAAGAUGCCAGAGCUAAGGAUGAUGUUAAAGAGUUUAAGUAUAGCUAAUUGAAAUUUGUGGUCUGUAUAUUUUAUCAUUUCAUUGAGGAUACCAUCAACACCACAUAACUUUUUGGGUUGGAGGGUUUGUAUUUUGUCCUGUAGUUCAUUCAAUGUAAUUGGAGAAUCCAGUGGGUUCUGGUAGUCUUUAAUAGUUGAUUCUAAGAUUUGCAUUUGAUCAUGUAUAUUUUUUUGCUGUUUGUUCUCUGUUAUAGGGCCAAAAAGAUUGGAGAAGUGGUUUACCCAUACAUCUCCGUUUUGGAUAGAUAGCUCUUCGUGUUGUUGUUUGUUUAGUGUUUUCCAAUUUUCCCAGAAGUGGUUAGAGUCUAUGGAUUCUUCAAUUACAUUGAGCUGAUUUCUGACAUGCUGUUCCUUCUUUUUCCGUAGUGUAUUUCUGUAUUGUUUUAGUGAUUCACCAUAGUGAAGGCGUAGGCUCAGGUUUUCUGGGUCUCUAUGUUUUUGGUUGGAUAGGUUUCUCAAUUUCUUUCUUAGGUUUUUGCAUUCUUCAUCAAACCAUUUAUCACUGUUAUUACCUUUCUUUGGUUUUCUGUUAGAGAUUUUUAGAUUUGAUAGGGAAGCUGAGAGGUCAAAUAUACUGUUUAGGUUUUCUACUGCCAAGUUUACACCUUCACUAUUACAGUGGAACGUUUUGUCCAGGAAGUUGUCUAGAAUGGAUUGAAUUUGUUGUUUCCUAAUUGUUUUUUGGUAGGUUUCAACACUACUUUCCUUCCAUCUAUAGCAUUUCUUAAUAUUAUUCAGUUCUUUUGGCUUUGAUGCCUCAUGAUUGAGUAUUGCUCUGUUCAAGUAGACUGUGAUUUUGCUGUGGUCUGAUAGGGGUGUCAGUGGGCUGACUGUGAACGCUCUGAGAGACUCUGGGUUGAAGUCAGUGAUAAAGUAGUCUACAGUACUACUGCCAAGAGAUGAGCUAUAGGUGUACCUACCAUAGGAGUCCCCUCGAAGCCUACCAUUGACUAUGUACAUACCCAGUGUGCGACAGAGCUGCAGGAGUCGUGACCCAUUUUUGUUGGUUAUGUUGUCGUAGUUGUGCCUAGGGGGGCAUAUGGGGGAGGGAAUGCUGUCACCUCCAGGUAGGUGUUUGUCCCCCUGUGUGCUGAGGGUGUCAGGUUCUUGUCCAGUUCUGGCAUUUAGGUCGCCACAGACUAGUACAUGUCAAUGGGUCUGGAAAUGAUUGAUUUCCAACCUCCAGGAUGGAGAAACUGUCUUCAUUAAAGUAUGGGGAUUCUAGUGGGGGGAUAUAGGUAGCACACAGGGGGACAUUUUUCUCAGUUGAGAUCAUUUCCUUUUGAAUUUCUAGCCAAAUGUAAAAUGUUCCUGUUUUGAUUAAUUUAAUAGAGUGAGUUAGGUCUGCUCUAUACCAAAUUAGCAUACCCCCUGAGUCCCUUCCCUGUUUCACACCUGGUAGUUUGGUGGAUGGGACUACCAGCUCUCUGUAACCUAGAGGGCAACCAGUGGGUCCAUCUCCUCUAUACCAUGUUUCUUGUAGGAUGACAAUGUCUGUAUUUCCAAUUUCUUUGGUGAAGUCCAGAUUCCUGCUCUUUAGGCCAAAGGCAGUUGACCUCAGGCCUUGGAUAUUCCAGGAUGAAAUAGUGAAGGCUUUGUGUUCCAUAAAGUGUCUAAUGUUGUUGGUUGUGUGGUUUGGCCUCAGGCCAGUAAUUGUGAGCAGAGCAUCUGGUACAUGCCAUUGGCUUGGGCUAGUGUAAGAGUGGGUGUUGGGCCUGUUUGCCUGCUCACGGCCUGGGCGUAUGUGUGACUUUCAUGUUGAGGCCCUCUUUGUGGGAGUGGGGGGCUUGGGGUGGGUAGGAGGGUCAUAGGUCUGAUCUGAGGGGGCCUAAAUGGGGUGUGGGCAUGGUUGACUUGGGGGGGAGUUAAUUGGUGGGGGUGGGGGUGUAGAUGUGGUUGAUGGUGCUGUGGUCUGGAUGUAGGUCCUCUCUGCGGGGGUCCUCUAUGUGUAGGUCCUGGGGGGGGUCCCGCAGGUCUGGGAGAGUGUCUCGCUGGUCUGGGCGGGGUGUUUGUUGAUCUGUUGCUCCUGUGUAAGGUGUUGGGUCUGCGGUUGAGGGCGAUAUCCUUUAGGGUCCGGGCGAAGGUGGGCACUGCUGCCUUGUAUAGGUGGACCUGGUCGUAAAGGCUGUUCAUGUCCAGGGUGGAGUGGUGGGCCAGGAAGACAUUUGGUUUUGAUGCACAGUCACGGGAAAUACUUAAUAUAAUAUAAUAUAAUAUGCCAUUUAGCAGACGCUUUUAUCCAAAGCGACUUACAGUCAUGCGUGCAUACAUUUGUUUUUGUGUAUGGGUGGUCCCGGGGAUCGAACCCACUACCUUGGCGUUACAAGCGGCGUGCUCUACCAGCUGAGCUACAGAGGACCACAGAGCUUGCGUUUACCCGCUGUAUGGUAGCAGGGUGGAAGUAUUUUCGUGGUAACAGAGUUGAGAUAACCACUUGUGCGUUGGGGAAAGUAGAAGAAGCUUUUUCUAUCACUCCCUUGAGUGAUGUGGCCACCCUUUCCUGCUGUGUUCUCAGGUCGUUUGUGCCUGUGUGUAUUAUUAUGUGGCUGGGUGAUCCUAGUCGGUCCUCAGACAGAAGGUCUAGGGCGUGCUGGGUGUUUGGACACCAGAGUUUAGACACUGUGUGUUUUGGAAAAAGUUUAUUUUCUUGUAUGUAUUUCCCGUUUGAGUCCAUAAGGAGUACAAUCUGUGGCUUGUGUAUGUCCUCAGUGGGUGUGGGGGGGUCGUCAUGAGGGCUAUCAGGGUGUCUGACUGGGGGGUUGCUCAGAGGGGUUGGGGUCCCCAGGGCUUGGGGUUCUUCAUUUGUUUGUCUGGGUGUGAUGUCGAGGCUAUGGUCAGGGUCUAGGGUGUGCUGUUCUGCUGCGGUGUCGAGACUUUGGCCAGGAUCUGAGGUGGGCUGUUCUCUAAUGGGUUGUUCAAUGUCACCCAUCAUCGUUCUCCCCUUCUCCUCCAGCACUCUGAUCCUCUCCUCUAGUGCUCUGUUCUUCUCCUGCUCCUGCUCUUUCUCCUGUUGAUGUUGUCUCACCACAGUCCAGAGUGCAGACAUGUCUCUCUCUACCUGCAGCUCUCCAGGUCUAGUUAAGGGGGUGUUGUUGUGCUGGACUGUUGUCUGGGUCUGUGCUGACUGGAGUGUGUUCACCUGCUGUUCCAGCUCCACCUGCCUUACCUCCAGCUGGGUGAAUGUAUCCUUCAUUUUAAUGAGGGAGUAGUACUCUGUGCUGGGAAGUUGACUUUCUGCUUGGGGUUGCUCUGUGGGGUUAUUUAAUGAAGAGGUCUGGUCUGACCCGCUCGGGGUAGGGGUGUCUUUCUCAAGGGAGAGCUUCUCCUGCUGAGCUAUUUCUUUGAUUAGGUGAAAGUCCAGCUGGAACUGUUUGGUGUUGCCUUGAACCAAAACGGUUCCAGAUUUAUAGAGAUUAAUAGUAGAUGACUCAGAGUCCUCUUUGUCCAGUUUCCUGAGUUUCCACCCGUCGCUAACACCCCCCCUCUUAACAGAGGGGUAGUGGGCUAGUAUAGCACUGUGCCAUGCCAGGGGAUGGUCUGUGUGGAAGAUAAGGUUGCUUAUGUUCCCAUUUUUAUACAAAUCAGCAAAAAGUGUCUCGUGCUUCCCCAAAAGAAGUUUCAAUUUGUACUCUUUUCGUGUCUUGUCGUUUUUUACAUUCAGAGGGUACUGUAUUUUAAUGACCUCUGAACAGUGGGGGGGUGCUUCUAAGGCCUCUGCAUUUAGUUGGGGUAGACUGUACGACUCUCCUGCCAUUGUUGGGCUCAAGGGCUUUGACACCUCUCACUUCACACGUCAGUGCUAAUUGAAAUUGUAUCUCUUUGUAGCAAACUUAAGCUUGGUAGCCUUAGAAUUCAGUCCUUAUAAUAUAAAAUAUAUCAUUGUAAUGAAUUUUUCUUCUUGGUUUUUGAAAGUGAAAAAUAGCUUCAUACUAAACAUUACUCACUCAGUUCCAGGUUGGAUGGUGUUUUCAGGUUUCUGUUUGUUUGCCAGAGCAUUUGCUGUAUAGUUUGAGAAUAGUAAUCCUUGGUAGUAGAAAGCUUUCCAGGUAAUUCCGUCCAAAAUCAGGUUGUAGGUUUGGAGUUUUGGUUUGGAAUGAAGGUUAUGUUGUGGAGGGUAGCAUCCUGUAUAUGUCCCUGCCAAAAAAUCCUACUUUAUCUAACUCUAAAUCUAUAUUUUUUGUUAAAAAUGCAGGAGAAAUGUAUUUGAGCUCUCUCUCUCUCUCUCUCUCUCUCUGAAUUAGUCUCUCUCUCUCUCUCUCUCUCUCUCUCUCUCUCUCUCUCUCUCUCUCUCUCUCUCUCUCUCUCUCUCUCUGUGUGUUUGUGUGUGAAUUUGCUUAUCUCCAUGAACAAUGUCAAACAGCUAUUGCCUCUUCUCAUAUGAGGUCUGUCUCUCUGUGUUUAUUUGUGUGUGUGUCUGUCUGUCUGCCUGCCUGUCUGUCUGUCUGUCUUCUCUGCACACUCUUCACACACACAGCCACCCAGCAGAUACCAGAGUUGUCAUAGCAGCACAGAUAACUACAGUGGUAAUUAGAACUUGGGUCUGGCAGAAUGACUCCCAGCCCACUCACUCAGGCUCUCAUUCUCUCAAAUAUACACACACACGCACUAGUCCCUGUACUCUGCAGUAAUCCCCAUCUCUCUCUCCCCCCAGCCAUAAAGAUCUUUGUAGCAACUAAGAGCACACAUAGUGCUGGGGUGGAGGAGGCAGAGAGAAACAGAUGCUUCACGUUUGAGAAGAUGAGUGCUGAGAUUAGUGAGAUCAUCAGAGUCCUACAGCUUACCACCUGGGAUGAAGACACAUGGGCCAACAAGGUACACACACAUACACACACACACUCAGGCAAACACACACAAUACAUACAUACUUCACCCCCUGAUUCCCCUUCCAGACACACACUAGUCUCUGGUAGUCCCUCCCUUCCCAUGUUCCUCUACACUAGACGCAGCAUUUCCUAAACCAGGGGUGUUCCUAUCCAGGUCUGGUGGUCUGCUGGUUUUCUUUUCUCCCUGGUAAUUAAUUGAUUGACCAGAGACUCCACUCGCCUGGUUUCCCAAAUCUGAAUUAGUCUCUGAAUAGAGGGGAGGGUGAACAUCAGCAGUACUACUGACCUCCGGAACUGGAUUUGAAUAACCCUGUCUUAAAGCAUACUUCACUUUCUCUCUUUAGUUUCCACUCUUUUCUUCUGUUGGGCUUCUGUUAUAACUGUAUUUUCUUUUUAUUUUCUUUUUUACUCCCUUCAUUCUUUUCCUCCCUGUAGAAGGUAAGCCUGCCUCUUUCCCCUCUGCCAUGCUGCAGUGUGUGUGGUGUGUGUGUGGUGUGUGUGUGGUGUGUGUGUGGUGUGUGUGUGGUGUGUGCGUGUGUGUGUGUGUGUGAGAGAGUGUGAGUGUGCGUAUGCGUGUGUGUGAUAGAGAGUGAGAGUGAGUGUAUGCAUGUCUAUACGUGUUUGCGUGUGUAUGUCUGUAAAUACUGUGUGAGGAGAGGGGGAGCUUAAGUGAGUGUGUGUGUGUGCAUAUGUGUGUGUAUGUGUGUGUGUAUAACUGCUCUCUUUGUGUCUCUCUAGGACAUGGAGUGUAUGAAACGUUCUCUGGCGGUGAUAGAGGCUAAGAUGGCCCUGGCGAAAGGCUGGCUCAAAGACCCCCAUGGACAACCAGGUAAUGCUAUCAGCCAUGGUCUAGUGAUACAGUCUACCCAAAUACCUGCCUCCCCCAUCAUCCUUAUAGUGACAUCCUCACAAUACUAGCACUGCACUCCUUAUGAUUAAUUGUGUGUGUGUGUGUGUGUGUGUGUGCGUGUGCGUGUGUGUAGGCGAGCCCGGGGAGGUAGCUGUGCGUGUGAUAUUGGAUGAGGCAGGGAAGGUAGGAGAACUGUGUGCUGGAAGGGAACGCAGAGACGCACUGGGAACAACAAAGACUCUGGGACAGAUGACCGAACAGGUCGCAGAGCUACGUGUCAGGUACUGUGUGUGUAUGUGCUUGUAACUUGUUAUAAUAACCAUGUAUAAGCCUUUCCAAUCUCUUAUGAUAAGGCUUACAAUAUGUUAUGUCUAUAUGUAUCAACAUUUCAACUUUCUAAUGGCUGGUAUUUAGUCGGGAUCAUGUUGAGUUGAUUCUUACACAUUAUAAGGGUGUCGUACAUGGUCAUGACAAGUUUUACAAUACAUUAUACCUGCAAAGUGUUAAAGUGUUAACGUUAAUGUGUGUAUAAUCUCCUCCUGUAGAGGCCAUGGUCCGUCUCCACCAUGUGUCCAGCGGGCCGGUCAGUGUUCUCAGGGUCUGGACCUGCUGCUUGGGAAAGUGGACAGCGCCACCCGCAGGCUGGAGGCCUUGACUAAAGCUAAACUGGCCAUCGCUAGGAGACUGGAUGCUGCCCAGGUCAGCACACACAUACCAAUAUAAAAAUAGUGUUUUACUUCAGAGUUUGACUUUUUGUUUCUGGGUUGGUCGAAAUAUCAGAUUAAAUAUUAAAAGGUAAAGGACAAAACCUUGUGUGUGAAUGUGUAUGUGUGCAAGCACACGUCUGUGUGUGUGUGUGUGUGUGUGUGUGUGCGCGCGUCAUAGGCAUGGCUGGCAGAUCCUAAUGGGGGUCCGGAGGGUGCCGAAAACAUCAGAGCCUUGCUAGCCGAGGCCCAAAAAAUCGCUGACCUGUGCGAAGACCCCCUCGAGAGAGAUGACAUCCUGAGAUCCAUCAAUGAGAUUGCAGGGCUCACCGCACGACUAGUGGAGCUACGCAAGCGGUACGUAAUUUUUGUUUGUAACUGUUGUUGUCUGUUUUUUCGAGCGUGUAACUUGUGUCUGUUUGCAGGCCAUACCGUGGGUAACUGUUGUCAUCUGUGUGAUUGUCAGUUUGUCUGUUUUUGGCACAUGCCUACCUGAGAGCCCUGUAUGGCUGGGUCUGUCUGCCCAUUAGCAGGUUCAACACAUGCGGACACAUGUGCACACAAACAAACACACACACGCCAUCUUUACUUUGUGAUGGUUUGGAGACGGUCCAGAUGAUGUUCCUCGACCAUGAGACACUUGCAUUCAGUCUGCAUGGUCAAUGCAGCACAUGUGACAAUGUUGAUGACAACGAUGCUGUUUUCACUUUGCUUCUUAAUAUAAAUCCACCUGCGUUCUAUAAUUACACUUUGUUUGUGUUUCUUACAUCUGCAAACAGCUAGUUUGUCUAUUCUUAGCAAGUUGGGCCUAAACCUUGUUAGCAGUUAAUGCUAAUCGCUAGUUAACUGGCUAGCUAGCUAAUAAAUGUCAGUGGUGGAAAAUGUACCCAAUUGUCAUACAUGAGUAAAAGUAAAGAUACCUUAAUAGAAAAGGACUCAAGUAAAAGUGAAAGUCACCCAAUAAAAUCCUACUUGAGUAAAAAUCUAAAAGUAUUUGGUUUUAAAUAUACUUAAGUAUCAAAAGUAAAUGUAAUUGCUAAAAUAUACUUAAGUAUCAAAAGUAAAAGUAUAAAUAAUUUCAAAUUCCUUAUAUUAAGCAAACCAGACGGCACCAUUUUCUUGUUUUUAUUUAUUUAUGGAUAGCCAGGGGUAAGCUCCAACACUCAGACAUAAUUUACAAACGAAGCAUGUGUUUAGUGAGUCCGCCAGAUCAGAGGCAGUAGGGAUGACCAGGGAUGUUCUCUUGAUAAGUGUGUGAAUUAGACCAUUUUCCUGUCCUGCAUUCAAAAUUUACUUUUGGGUGUCAGGAAAAUGUAUGGAGUAAAAAGUACAUAAUUUUCUUUAGGAAUGUAGUAAAGUAAAAGUUGUCAAAAAUAUAAAUAGUAAGUAUAGUACAGAUACCCAAAAAAACGACUUAAGUAGUACUUUCAAGUAUUUUUAGUUAAGUACUUUACACCACUGAUAAAUGUACUCAGUCAGAGCAAACAUAACUAGCUAAACAGCCUGAUAAUACCAGUGAUGGUGUAGACCUAAAUCAGCAUGUUGUUUGUGCAUCAGUAUCAAAAAUCAAAGAGGAAUACGCAAAGCAUAAAUAUGUUAGCUACAUGAAGUAGCUAAGAGAAAACAUUCAAUGUAGCCAAAGAUUAUAGGGUCCCCUAGGAAACACUUUUCAACACUUUGGUUCCUACCCUGUCACAAUAACUCCUCCCUGGCAUUUUCAUUCGUUGUCAUGUCAAACAACACUAUUAUAUUAUAUUCUAACUAUAGAAUUAGAAUAAUCAUUCUAUUUCCAUGAUUCCAACAGUUCACCCAAGUGUUUUGAUCUAAAUCGCAAGUCAAAUCGCAAUUGCAACAUUUGGUUAAAAAUAAGGCUUAGGUUGUUUGCCCAUAUCGUGCAACCCUACGUGGCAGUGUGGAAAUUUUCUCAAAUUAGAGCAGGAAAUGCAGAAAUUUAUGAAAAUGCUGAAAUUUUUUUUAGUUGAAGUUGAAUUUAACAGUGUAAAACAAUCAGAAACAACCCAUUUGAAAUCACUUAGAAUGUAUGUGUUGCCACCCUAGGGUCACGCAUGACUCAUAAAGAAAAUUUAGAACUUUUAUUAAUCAAAAACAUAAAAUACCGUCAAAUACUGUGACACCGUCCCAUUUUUUAAAAAUACCAUGAUUUUAUAUUUUGGCCAUAUCGCCCAGCCCUACUUCUAGCUAUCGUUACCUCGAUAGUCUCCCGUUACUCCCGUGUCUCGUCUGACUUCCCUGUCGAAUAGCAGCGUGUGGUGUUGCUAACUAGCCUCCUCCCCGGUAAUUCCAUCUGUUUUCGUCUGUCCAGUCAAAAUUAUAUUUUCCAGUGUACAGACCAAGGGGGAGAGAAAGCGGCGCAAGCCUAGCAAGGCUCGCCCCGGCAAUUGCAGCCACUACAUGUCUCAGUCUGACUCCCAUCAGCUCUGUUCUACUUGCCUUGGCGUAGACCACACUUUGGCGGCUCUCGUGGACCCUGCUAGCUGUGCACAUUGCGCUAAGCUGGGCUCCGGUGUCAUCAAACGUAGAGCAUGGUACAUGGAAAGUAUUGCCCAGGCCUCGUUCUUGCUCGAGGUAGACUUAGUUUCAGGAGUUCAAGCAGCGCCCCCUCUGACCAGGAAGUGGAUUACAUCCCUGAGGGAGAGUUGCUCUGCUCAGCUUAGAGGUAGGGCAGGAGUCAAUGACUGAUCUCCCCUUCUUCAAGGCAAUCAGACGCGCUGCCACCAAAUUUGAGGUUGGGUACCAAGAAGACUAAGAUGGCUGGAAUCACCCCUUAGGGUAAUUCCACAUCCGUCUACAAUGUGUACCAGCCUUCCCAGACUGUGUGUCGUUGGUGGAGUCUUCCUGGGCGGAGCCACAUAAGUCACCUUCUCUGGUGACUGGCUACCAACACUUGGAUAUUUAUGGCAUGGAGUCGUUGGGAUGGUUCAGCCCUCCUCCCAUGGAGCCUUCCCUGGCUGAACACCUCGACCCAAGGCUCCUUUGACCUUGAUAACCAGAGUCUCGUCGGGAGUCCUGCGUCAGGUCACUCAAGGUCACUCAAGACCCAUAAGUCCCCGUUGGGACAGGUCAACACCACUGUUCCCCCAGUUCAGCUCUCUAAUAAAGAGUUCCAAUCACAUCCAGGCCCACGGGUCGAGGGUGAUGGUUCAGAAUGUUCCCAUUCAAAACAAUCAACCUCUCGAGGGCUACCUUGUCCAGCCACCAGGCCUGGUAGGUUCCCCGUUCCGUCCACGGGACAGGUUGCCCAUAUGCGCAGUCGCUCCAGUGGGGUGGCCGCCACAGGGUUCCCCGUUUCCCCCCGGGAACAGAUUAGUUCCCUUGCUCCUCACAGGGAGCAGGAGCAUGCGUGUGCAGUCUCCCCCUGGGUCCUACACACCGUAGGCCAGAGGUACAGACUACAUGAAAAUAGUGCAGCAAGCAGCUUGGUGAGAAGGUGACAACAGUUGGUGCGAUUAUUCGCAAAUGGAAGAAACACAAAAGAACUGUCAAUCUCCUUCAGCCUGGGGCUCCAUGCAAGAUCUCACCUCGUGGAGUUGCAAUGAUCAUGAGAACGGUGAGGAAUCAGCCCAGAACUACACGGGAGGAUCUUGUCAAUGAUACAAGGCAGCUGGGACCAUAGUCACCAAGAAAACAAUUGGUAACACACUACGCCGUGAAGGACUGAAAUCCUGCAGCGCCCGCAAGGUCCCCCUGCUCAAGAAAGCACAUAUACAGGCCCGUCUGAAGUUUGCCAAUGAAGAUCUGAAUGAUUCAGAGGAGAACUGGGUGAAAGUGUUGUGGUCAGAUGAGACCAAAAUGGAGCUCUUUGGCAUAAACUCAACUCGCCGUGUUUGGAGGAGGAGAAAUGCUGCCUAUGACCCCAAGAACACCAUCCCCACCGUCAAACAUGGAGGUGGAAACAUUAUGCUUUGGGGGUGUUUUUCUGCUAAGGGGACAGGACAACUUCACCGCAUCAAAGGGACGAUGGACGGGGCCAUGUACCGUCAAAUCUUGGGUGAGAACCUCCUUCCCUCAGCCAGGGCAUUGAAAAUGGGUCGUGGAUGGGUAUUCCAGCAUGACAAUGACCCAAAACACACGGCCAAGGCAACAAAGAGUGGCUCAAGAAGAAGCACAUUAAGGUCCUGGAGUGGCCUAGCCAGUCUCCAAACCUUAAUCCCAUAGAAAAUCUGUGGAGGGAGCUGAAGGUUCGAGUUGCCAAACGUCAGGCUCGAAACCUUAAUGACUUGGAGAAGAUCUGCAAAGAGGAGUGGGACAAAAUCCCUCCUGAGAUGUGUGCAAACCUGGUGGCCAACUACAAGAAACGUCUGACCGCUGUGAUUGCCAACAAGGGUUUUGCCACCAAGUACUAAGUCAUGUUUUGCAGAGGGGUCAAAUACUUAUUUCCCUCAUUAAAAUGCAAAUCAAUUGAUAACAUUUUUGACAUGCAUUUUUCUGGAUUUUUUUGUUGUUAUUCUGUCUCUCACUGUUCAAAUAAACCUACCAUUAAAAUUAUAGACUGAUCAUGUCUUUGUCAGUGGGCAAACGUACAAAAUCAGCAGGGGAUCAAAUACUUUUUUCCCUCACUGUAGCCUACAAGCCAUUUUUAAAAGUCUAAUAAAUCCAUGUAAUAUAGCCUACACCUUCACAAUAAAUCCAUUAUUUAUUUUAGACAGGUCUAAAGAAGCAUUAUAUGAAGAAAAUUUAAUCUAUUUCAGAAGAAAAGAAUAGCAUACUCUGAGUUGUCCUUAUGUUAGGUCCUGAUGUGGCUAUGCCAAAUGGCUGUGGGCUACACACCAAACGGUUUGAGGGAGUGCUCACAUGCGGCUAUUCUGUGUUGAGCGGUUAAAAAUAAAAAUUAAUAAAUAUGCCAUUUAGCAGACGCUUUUAUCCAAAGCGACUUACAGUUAUGCGUGCAUACAUUUUUUUGUGUAUGGGUGGUCCCGGGAUCGAACCCACUACCUUGGCGUUACAAGCGCCGUGCUCUACCAGCUGCUCUACCAGCUGAGCUACAGAGGUUAACAAAGAAAUAGGUACUCCUAUAUGCUUAAUUUAGAGUUAUUAAUGUAACUUUGUUCUACAAACGUUGGGCUAUAUGUUUAGAUUUUUAAUACAUUGUAAGGCUGCAUGAUGAGACUAAUGAUGAUUUGAAAAAAGUUGCAUGAAAGGCAUGAGCUCUGCUUUGUUUUUUGCGCAGGCUGUACACACUCCAAUAGUCUCUCAUUCACAAUUUGACAAGCACUUGAUAAUGCCUUGAAUAUCACAGCGGCAUCCCCUUUGUGGCCGUAAGGCACCCUAAAAAAAUCCAUGCCUUUUGUGACCCGGAGUGCUGCAUUGUGCCCUUCUCCCUGAGUGUGCUGUGCAAUCCGAAGCGUCUCUCACUCACACAGCUCUCCGUCAAGUGAUCGACUCUUUCUCACAGGCUACAAGUUAAGACAUCGGGACGCGACUGCGCACGUCCUUAUCCAAUUCCGAGGUGCAUAUUGAAGAUAUUGGAAGAACUGUCCACAUUUACUUUUCGUCAGCCAACAAGAUGAGUAGGUCUAACGAACAGCAAAAGCAUUAGCCUAUGUCAAUCUGCUAUCCCCCAUAGUACAAAAGUCGACCUAUUCUGUGCGAGAAAUAAAUAUUCCAAACAUAGUCUGGGACAGUUGUGGGAUGCGAUAGAUCCCAAAUUAAUACAACCACUAGCAUCAAAAAACCUUUUUUACGCAAUGUCGCUGACGCAACAGAUCAGAACAUUUAGCUUAAAAUGUUGAUAAAGUAUUAGGCUAUUUCUUCACAUUAUAAGCGCAGCAAUGCGCACAUGGUAGUAGGCUAUAAGCGCGAAUGUUCCAUAAGCAGAAAACUCCAUUAUCAAAAGUGACAGCAAAUGCAAUUAUGCAUGAAAUGCUUCUAUUAUAAAGGUGCAAAUUAUCUUCCCCAAACUUAAACUCAUGCGCUGCUUAUGUAUGCCAGUUAGGCUCUACACCCCUUGUAAAGCGGAUUAAUGUGCUUCAUUUUAAGAAGUUAUUUGGCCACUUUAGUUGUGAUACAAACCUUAUCAAAACAUAUAGGCAUAUGGCUUAGGCUACAUGAGGUGUGCGACUAUGAUUCGAACAAGUCGCAAAAAAAAGGCAUUGUUUCUUAUGCUGGGCAUCAUUCACAAGUGAUAAUAUAUAAUUCACAAGUGAUAGGCUAAUAUUGUCACCCCAUCAGACUAUUCUUGAUUGAAUCUUGUCAUUACAUAUGCUAAAUAAUAUAUGUGUGACAUUUGUUUUGAUUUAGAAUGGACCAUUAUCAUGCACCUGUAUCGAAACGGGCAGUGGGAAAAAAUACAUGUCAUCUAUGCACUUAAAUAGGGAAUGGAGGACGCUUUUCCCCGUGGUUUAUUUUCAUGCCAGCUAGGUAGGCUAUACUCCUGCUGUAAAUAUAACCAAUGUGCUUAAUAUUUGCUUAAUAUUAGGAAAGUUGAGAAAUAAAUAUAGUAGGCCUAGCCUAUAGAAAGCUGAUGGGAUCCUCCUCUUUUUAUUAGCAGCCAUCACUCUAUUUUCUCCCACAAUUGCAUAGCCUAUAGAAAUGUUGCGCAACAUGAGCUCAUGGUCUCUCAUGAAGUGUUUGAUUAGAUUUUCGAAUACAUUUGCAUUGAUGUCAGAGUGAUUAGAGGGACAAUAGAGUGCGGAGUACCAGGCAGUUAGCAAGUUUGGUAGGCUACUAAUGACCAGCAGCAGCAUUAGAGCUUGUAGAAGCCUAAUUACUGUGACUAAAUGGUCAUGUGGAAUUUGACUGCCUUCAUGACUCGGUGACCGCGGUAAUAUGGUCACCGCAACAGCCCUAAUCACAACAUACCUCUGGGCGUAGACACGCUGGCCCACUACCUGUCAGACGUGCUUCUGUACGCCUUCCCUCCCGUGGGCCUGAUCCUGCUAUGUAGGACUAGGUGAGACGAUGAUCGGGGCUCACCCCUUUCGUUUGUCGUUUUAUUUAGGGAGCGCACUGUCUUAUAAGAUGGCCCUCUUGCUCGCCUUGGCCACUGCCAGGCACGUUAGCGACCUUCAUGCGCUCUCGGUUCAUCCUUCAUGCACUUACGAUAUGUCCUAACGCCGCGUUCGUUCCUUAAGUCAUUUCCAUGACUCAUAGUAGCCUAGUCAAGCCACUGAUAUCUCUUUAUCUGAGAUUUAUGUGGUGGCUAGUUGGGCUUCCCAUCACACCUUUGUGAGGUUCUAUAAUCUGGAAGUCACUGCGUUAUCCCUGGCACACACAGUCCUUGGCGCUAGAGCUGAGUAGGAUGGAUCAGGUACACUGCCACAACACAGGCUUCUCAGGAAACGGGCUAAUGGCAAUUGGGGCGUUUUGCAAGUGUCUCAUAGUGAGAUGUCGAACCGAGUCGACUGAAAGAGUACUAUGGGUUAUGGUAUGUAACCCCGGUUCUCUGAAGGAACAUCUCACCAGAUUGCCCUUCUUGCAUGACUUGUGUAAGUGGCAGUUAGUUGAAUAAGGAAACCAGAGCAUUGCGGGUGCUAUAUAUAUACGCAGGGCUUACACCCACAAAGCUCUGAUUGGCCUGUUAGGCGUGAUUUAAUAAGGUUUCAGCGAAUAGGACACGAGGAGGCAUGUCCCAUAGUGAGACGUCUCCCUCAUCUCCUUCAGAGAACCAGGUUUACAUACUGUAACCCAUCGUUUUUAAUGAACCAAACUGAACUUCUGAUUCUUUGGUAUUUUUCCUCCUUGAUUUAUUGAUGUUGUGUGUGCAGAAUAACCCUUACCCUUCGGGAUGGAACACCUUCAGUCGACAAUAAUGACUUGUUAAAUCUCUACCUGGUACAGCCAAAGGAGGAUGAGCCUGGUGCCUCUAUAGGUUUCUUCCUUCUAUGUAGUUUUUCCUUGCCACUGUGCUUCUGCUAGCUCUUUGUGGUCUAGGAUGGGUUACUGUAAAGCACCUUGUGACAAAUAUAAAUAUAUGUGACUGAUUGGUUGAUAUCUCUCUUUCUCGCCCCAUCCUCUCUUUUCUCCCCCCUCACUCUUUCGCUUUGUCUCUGUCUCUGUUUCUCUCCUCUAUCUCUCCCUCUCUCCCCUGCCCACACUCUCUCUCUUUGUCUCUCUGUUUCUCUCCCCCCUCACCUCUCCCUGUAUCUCAGGGGUAAAGGGGACAGUCCGGAGGCGCGUGUGCUAAGUAAACAGAUCGGAGCAGCUCUCCUGACCCUGCAGGCUAAGACCAACAGAGCGGUGGCCAACAUGAGACCUGCCAAACCAGCCAUCACUCUGCAGGGCAAGAUGGAGCAGGCCCUACGCUGGGUCAACAACCCUGGACAGAAUGACAGGGGUGUGGGUGAGUGAGGGAGAAGGGGAUGGGAAGAGGGGAGGAGGGGCGAGGAAAGGAGAGGAUAAUAGUCUUUACAAUACAGUGUCCAUCUUUUACAAUGGAGAUGUUUAUUUUGCAUACCCCUAUGUGCAUGUGUAUGUGUUUAUGGUGUACUCUGUUCUGCCAUGCUGCCGUCUGAGUGCAGUGUGUGAGCGGCCACAGCACAACACAGGUAACUGCUUUUACAGAGAACUGAACCAUAAAGCUGUUGUGCUGUACAGUGAGCUCCAAAAGUAUUGCGACAGAGACACAUUUUUUGUUGUUUUGGCUCUGUACUCCAGCACUUCGGAUUUGAAAUUAUACAAUGACUAUGAGGUUAAAGAGCAGACUGUCAGCUUUAAUCUGAAAGUAAUUUCAUCCAUAUUGAGUGAACUGUUUAGAUAUUACAGUACAUUUUGUACAUAGUCCCCCCAUUUUAGGGGACCAAAAGUAUUGGGACAUACCUUUGACUACAAUGACUACAUCAAGCUUGUGACUCUACACAUUUGUUGGAUGUAUUUGCUGUUUGUUUUGUUUGUGUUUCAGAUUAUUUUGUGCCCAAUAGAAAUGAAUGGUAAAUAAUGUAUUGUGUCAUUUUGGAGUCACUUGUAUUGUAAAUAAGAAUAUAAUGUGUUUCUCAACACUUCUACAUUAAUGAUUACAGAUAAUCCUGAAUGAAUCGUGAAUAAUGAUGAGUGAGAAAGUUACAGAUGCACAAAUGUUGGGCACAAAAUAAUCUCAAACACAACCAAAACAAACAGCAAAAGCAUCCAACAAAUUUGUAGAGUUACAAGCAUUCUUUAAUACACAUACAGUAUAAGUAAUACUUUUGGUCCCCUAAAAUGGGGGGACUAUGUACAAAAAGUGCUGUAAUCUCUAAACGGUUCAACCGAUAUGGAUGAAACCCUCAAAUUAAAGCUGGCAGUCUGCACUUUAACCUGAACGUCACUGCAUCAUUUCAAAUCCAAAGUGCUGGAGUAGAGAGCCAAAACACCGUAGCAAAAUGUUUUGCAAUGGGAAAUGUUUUGCAACGAAGUCUAUAAAGUCCAGUGUGUUAAACAUGCAUUACUCUACCCACCCUCAAGGUCAGGCAGCAAUCCGGGGCUUGGUAUCGGAGGGCCGCCGGUUGGCUGGAGGGCUGGGGGGGCCGUACCGGCAGGAUAUGAUUGUCCGCUGCGAUCGCAACGAGGCGCUGAUGACAUCACUGGCUGACAUAGCGGGGAGGGGAGAGGCCGAAGCCCCCCAGGCUAAAGCUACUGCUUCACAACUACAAGAAAGUCUGAAGGUAACACACACACACAGUGAUGGGCAAAGAUACAGGUACAGUGCCUUGCAAAAGUAUUCAUCCCCCUUGGUGUAUUUCCUAUUUUGUUGCAUUACAACCUGUAAUUUAAAUAUAUUUUUAUUUGGAUUUCAUGUAAUGGACAUACACAAAAUAGUCAAAAUUGGUGAAGUGAAAUGAAAAAAAUAACUUGUUUCAAAAAAAUAAAAUAACGGAAAAGUGGUGCGUGCAUAUGUAUUCACCCCCUUUGCUCUGAAACCCCUAAAUAAGAUCUGGUGCAACCAAUUACCUUCAGAAGUCACAUAAUUAGUUAAAUAAAGUCCACCUGUGUGCAAUCUAAGUGUCACAUGAUCUGUCACAUGAUCUCAGUGUAUAUAUACACCUGAAAUGCCCCUGAGUCUGCAACACCACAAAGCAAGGGGCAUCACCAAGCAAGCGGCACCAUGAAGACCAAAGAGCUCUCCAAACAGGUCAGGGACAAAGUUGUGGAGAAGUACAGAUCAGGGUUGGGUUAUAAAAAAAUAUCUGAAACUUUGAACAUCCCAUGGAGCACCAUUCAAUCCAUUAUUAAAAAAUUGAAAGAAUAUGGCACCACAACAAACCUGCCAAGAGAGGGCCGCCCACCAAAACUCACGGACCAGGCAAGGAGGGCAUUAAUCAGAGAGGCAACAAAGAGACCAACGAUAACCCUGAAGGAGCUGCAAAGCUCCACAGCGGAGAUUGGAGUAUCUGUCCAUAGGACCACUUUAAGCCGUACACUCCACAGAGCUGGGCUUUACGGAAGAGUGGCCAGAAAAAAGCCAUUGCUUAAAGAAAAAAAUAAGCAAACACGUUUGGUCUUCGCCAAAAGGCAUGUGGGAGACUCCCCAAACAUAUGGAAGAAGGUACUCUGGUCAGAUGAGACUAAAAUUGAGCUUUUUGGCCAUCAAGGAAAACGCUAUGUCUGGUGCAAACCCAACACCUCUCAUCACCCCGAGAACACCAUCCCCACAGUGAAGCAUGGUGGUGGCAGCAUCAUGCUGUGGGGAUGUUUUUCAUUGGCAGGGACUGGGAACCUGGUCAGAAUUGAAGGAAUGAUGGAUGGUGCUAAAUAUAGGGAAAUCCUUGAGGGAAACCUGUUUCAGUCUUCCAGAGAUUUGAGACUGGGACGGAGGUUCACCUUCCAGCAGGACAAUGACCCUAAGCAUACUGCUAAAGCAACACUUGAGUGGUUUAAGGGGAAACAUUUAAAUGUCUUGGAAUGGCCUAGUCAAAGCCCAGACCUCAAUCCAAUUGAGAAUCUGUGGUAUGACUUAAAGAUUGCUGUACACCAGCGGAACCCAUCCAACUUGAAGGAGCUGGAGCAGUUUUGCCUUGAAGAAUGGGCAAAAAUCCCAGUGGCUAGAUGUGCCAAGCUUAUAGAGACAUACCCCAAGAGACUUGCAGCUGUAAUUUCUGCAAAAGGUGGCUCUACAAAGUAUUGACUUUGGGUGAAUAGUUAUGCAUGCUCAAGUUUUCAGUUUUUUUGUCUUUCUUGUUUGUUUCACAAUAAAACAUAUUUUGCAUCUUCAAAGUGGUAGGCAUGUUGUGUAAAUCAAAUGAUACAACCCCCCCCCCCCCCCCCCAAAAAAAAAAAAUCCAUUUUAAAUACAUUCGCAAGCCACUGUAACUUCCAAAAUAAAGGAAACACUUGAGUAAAUGAGGGAUACAAAGUACAUUGAAAGCAGGUGCUUCCACACAGGUGUGGUUCCUGAGUUAAUGAAGCAAUUAACAUCCCAUCAUGCCUAGGGUCAUGUAUAAAAUGCUCAGUUGCCCAUUAUGUUGGCUACCAUGGCUAGAAGAAGAGAUCUCAGUGACUUUGAAAGAGGAGUCUCAAAGGAGCAUAGUGUGUUUUAAAGUGUUUGUUUGUGUGUGUGUGUGUGUGUGGGUGUGUGUCUCAGUCACCAGAUCCCAAACCAAUUGAACACUUAUGGGAGAUUCUGGAGCGGCACUUGAGACAGCUUUUUCCACCACAAUCAACAAAACACCAAAUUAUUGCAUUUCUUGUGGAAGAAUGGUGUUGCAUCCCUCCAAUAGAGGUCCAGACAAGGCACAUUGAAGCUGUUCUAGCGGCGGCCCAACGCCCUAUUAACAUGCUGACCACACCGCCCGCAUGUUAUUCAAUCAUUGCUUGUGCGCGUCAACAAGCGUCUGCAUAGCCAGGCGCUAAAAUAGAAGUUGGUUCUAUUUGUGACGCUUGACACGCUGCAAGUCCUGCCUCUCCCAUCUCCUCAUUGGUUUUUAGGAGCAUAUACCCACGUGGGUGAUUGAAAGAUGAAUUGAGGUCCACACUCCAGUCCAGAGUGUGGUGGUAAUGCACCUUAAAGUUGGUUGCCAACCGCCAUAUAAAGUCCAAAGAAGAAGAAGAAGCCUGAAGAGGAGAGAUUACUAGAAACAAACUAUUUUAUCUGUGGAUUUAUUGUAGGAGUAGAGGACCUUGUGCAUUUCAGGUAAAAUAACAACCCAAUGUUUAUAUCCCAGGACAAAUUAGCGAGCAACAGCAAGCUAGCUAGCUAAAUUGCCAUAAAUGUUAAAUGCUUUUCGACCUGUCCCCAAAUUAAAAUAGUUGGUUCAGAGUUUGUUUUGAUAUUUCAACCUCCGUGUCCUGAUCGCGUCUGGUAUGGGUGGACAAAAUCAACACGUGAGCGGUGUGGUCAGACACUUUAUGUUGGUGUUUCCUUUAUUUUGGCUAUAGUGGCGCCGGAGGAGAUGGCUGCCGUUUUACGGGCUCCUAACCAAUUGUGCUAUUGUGUGUGUUUUUUUGCAUUAUUUGUAACUUAUUUUGUACAUAAUGUUUCGGCCACCGUCUCUUAUGACUGAAAAGAGCUUCUGGAUAUCAGGACAGAGAUUACUCACCUCGUACUGGAUGAAGAUUUUUUCUUUAACCAGUCGGACGAGAAGGAUUUACUUCAGACACCCGACAAGGCCCAAAUCCCGUCAUUCGCAGGAGAAAGAGACAGAGAUAUCGGGGACAUAGGUCGGGGUGCCUUGUAAGGAUCCUACGGCGAGUGGGUAAUCUGCCUCUAGCAUCAGUCCUAUUAGCCAACGUAAUAUCAUUGGAUAACAAAAUAGACAAGCUACGAUCACGAAUAUCCUACCAACGGGACAUUAAAAACGGUAAUAUCUUAUGUUUCAUCGAGUCGUGGCUGAACGACGACAUGGAUAACAAUCAGCUGGCGGGGUUUACGCUGCAUCGGCAAGAUUGAACAGUGGCCUCUGGUAAGACAUGGGGUGGCGGUCUGUGUAUAUUUGUAAACAACUGCUGGUGCACGAAAUCUAAUAUCAAGGAAGCCUCGAGGUUUUGCUCGCCUGAGGUAGAGUAUCUCAUGAUAAGCUGUAGACCAAACUAUUUACCUAGAGAGUUUUCAUCAAUAUUUUUCGUAGCUGUCUAUUUACCACCACAAACCGAUGCUGGCACUAAGACCGCACUCAAUGAGCUGUAUAAGGCCAUAAGCAAACAGGAAAACGCUCAUCCAGAGGCGGCGCUCCUAGUUGCCGGGGACUUUAAUGCAGGGAAACGUGUUACCAGCAUGUUAAAUGUGCAACCAGAGGAAAGAAAACUCUAGAUCACCUUUACUCUACACACAGAGAUGCGUACAAAGCUCUCCCUCGCCUGACCAUAAUUCUAUCCUCCUGAUUCCUGCUUACAAGCAAAAACUAAAGCAGGAAGCACCAGUGACUCGGUCAAUAAGGGAGUGGUCAGAUGACGCAGAUGCGAAGCUACAGGACUGUUUUGCUAGCACAGACUGGAAUAUGUUCCGGGAUUAUUCCGAUGGCAUUGAGGAGUACACCACAUCAGUCACUGGCUUCAUCAAUAAGUGUAUCGAUGACGUCAUCCCCACAGUGUCCAUACGUACCCCAACCAGAAGCCAUGGAUUACAGGCAACAUCCGCACUGAGAUCAUCAGCUGUUCCGGGUUUACUGUGUGAUCACGCUCUCUGUAGCCGAUGUGAGUAAGACCUUUAAACAGGUCAACAUUCACAAGGCCGCAGGGCCAGACGGAUUACCAGGACGUGUACUCCGAGCAUGCGCUGACCAACUGGCAAGUGUCUUCACUGACAUUUUCAACCUGUCCCUGACUGAGUCUGUAAUACCAACAUGUUUCAAGCAGACCACCAUAGUCCCUGUGCCCAAGAACACUAAGGUAACCUGCCUAAAUGACUACAGACCCGUAGCACUCAUGUCUAUAGCCAUGAAGUGCUUUGAAAGGCUGGUCAUGGCUCACAUCAAAACCAUUAUCCCAGAAACCCUAGACCCACUCCAAUUUGCAUACCGACCCAACAGAUCCACAGAUGAUGCAAUCUCUAUUGCACUCCACACUGCCUUUUCCCACCUGGACAAAAGGAACACCUACAUGAGAAUGCUAUUCACUGACUACAGCUCAGCGUUCAAAACCAUAGUGCCCUUAAAGCUCAUCACUAAGCUAAGGACCCUGGGACUAAACACCUCCCUCUGCAACUGGAUCCUGAAAAUCCUGACAGGCCGCCCCCAGGCAGUAAGUGUAGGUAAGAACACAUCUGCCACGCUGAUCCUCAACAUGGGGGCCCCUCAGGGGUGCGUGCUCAGUUCCCUCCUGUACUCCCUGUUCACCCAUGACUGCAUGGCCAGGUACGACUCCAACACCAUCAUUAAGUUUGCAGACGACACAACAGUGGUAGGCCUGAUCAUUGAGAACAGUGAGACAGCCUAUAGGGAGGAGGUCAGAGACCUGGCCGUGUGGUGCCAGGAUAACAACCUCUCUCUCAACGUGAUCAAGACAAAGGAGAUGAUUGUGGACUACAGGAAAAGGAGGACUGAGUACGCCCCCAUUCUCAUCAACGGGCUGUAGUGGAGCAGGUUGAGAGCUUCAAGUUCCUUGGUGUGCACAUCACCAAUAAACUAUCAUGGUCCAAACACACCAAGACAGUCGUGAAGAGGGCACGACAAAGCCUAUUCCCCUUCAGGAGACUGAAAAGAUUUGGCAUGUGUCCUCAGAUCCUCAAAAAGUUCUACAGCUGCACCAUCGAGAGCAUCCUGACUGGUUGCAUCACUGCCUGGUAUGGCAACUGCUCGGCCUCCAACCACAAGUCACUACAGAGGGUAGUGCGUACGGCCCAGUACAUCACUGGGGUCAAGCUUCCUGCCAUCCAGGACCUCUAUACCAGGAGGUGUCAGAGGAAGGCCCUAAAAAUUGUCAAAGACUCCAGCCAUCCUAGUCAUAGACUGUUCUCUCUGCUACCGCAUGGCAAGCGGUACCGGAGCGCCAAGUCUAGGUCCAAAAGGCUGCUUAACAGCUUCUACCUCCAAGCCAUAAGACUCCUGAACAGCUAAUCAAAUGGCUACCCAGACUAUUUGCAUUGCCCCCUCCCUCCUCUUUUACGCUGCUGCUACUCUCUGUUUAUUAUCUAUGCAUAGUCACUUUAACUCUACGUACAUAUUACCUCAAUUACCUCAACUAACCUGUGCCCCCACACAUUGAAUCUGUAUAUAGCCUCGCUACUGUUAUUUUACUGCUGCUUUUUAAUUAUUUGUUGUUGUUAUUAUUAUUAUUAUUAUUAUUAUUAUUAUUAUUAUUAUUAUUUAACACUUCUUUUUCUUAAAACUGCAUUGUUGGUUAAGGGCUUGUAAGUAAGCAUUUUACUGUAAGGUGUAUUGCGCAUGUGACAAAUAAGAUUUGAUUUGAUUAACAUGUAUCUUGUUACAAAAUACCAAAUACCCUGAUGUAUCAAAAUAAACUACAACACUGGUGCCAAAACAUUUAUUUAAUUAAAAUAUGUGUAUUUUGUAUUUUCAAAAUACAGAAAAUACAUUUGCCUCCUUAAAUGAAUUAUAAAACAUUUACAUUACUUAUGACCCUUGGCUAACACCAAUAGCCCAGACAAUUGGCACAGUUCAUAGUGUUAGUCUUCAGAGCUUUGUGGCCCCCUAAUACUCCAAAUUUGCAGCAUUGGUGUCAGAAAUUCGAUACUGUGCAAGAAACUCAAGGCAUGGAACUCACUUCCCGAAUGAGAGUGAGUGUACUGAUAGUGUGGCAUAGGCAAUAACAUAGUGCUUUUGCUUUCAAAGUCAAAUUCACUUUCCCCUUUUGGACCAAAUUCACUGCAUUACUCUCACUCUGGAAGUGUAUCCUUGUGCUUCAACUUUCUUUCAAGCUCCUCCACGCAUCCACCAACCCCUCUCAUGGCCUCACACAAUAACGCCAUAAGACUUCUGAUACCAAGUCAGCAAAUUUGAGGUGAUAGGGUGCCACAAAAUUGUGAACUGCUUUUGAUAUUGUUAUUUUGAAAGUAUUUUGAGCAUUUUGAAAAUAAUAAAUAGGCUACCAUUCUCUGAAGUCUCUUGUUACAAAUUACAUGUUGAUUUUUUUCAGGCCAUUCAAAUACAAAUGACAAAAUAAUAAUUGAAAAAAAUAAUGUACUUUAAAUACAUGAAACAAAAAUACUGCCCAUCUCUGCACUUACACAUAUACCAUCUCUGCACUUACACAUAUACACAUAUACACAUAUACACAUAUACACACACACACACACACACACACACACACACACGUAUAACUUGAUCAAGGGCUCCUCCUGCUGGUCAAGAAUGACCUUGUUUUUAAAAAUUUCUGUCAUCAUUCUCUAUUUCUACAAAAGACAUAUAAAACAUGUACUGAUAUAAAUAUCCAUAAUGUAUGUCUGUCAGGACUUGAAGGGUCGUAUGCAGGAGGUGAUGACCCAGGAAGUAUCCGAUGUGUUCAGUGACACCACCACCCCCAUUAAACUACUGGCCGUGUCUGCGACUGCCCCCCCAGAGGCCCCGCACAGAGAGGAGGUACUGUCUGUCUGUCUUUCUGUCUGUUACAUAUACUGUCUGUCUGGCAGUAUAUUUCCUAUCUAUCUAUAACGUUGUGUUGCGUUACGGUCAGUGUUUGUUUAGGCUAAUUUGUGUGUGUGUGUUGCAGGUGUUUGAUGAGCGUGCUGGUAACUUUGAGGCCCAUGCGGGUCGCCUGGGCGCAACAGCGGAGAAGGCGGCGGCCGUGGGAUCAGCCAAUAAGAACACAGUUGAGGGAAUACAGGCUACUGUUAAACACACUAGAGAACUCACUCCACAGGUACAUGUGUGUGUCCCCAGCGACUUAGACUUUAGACAGACACAACAAUGAUGUUGAUUAUGAGUGUGUGUGUGUUUGUGUGUGUUCAGGUGACCUCCGCAGCUCGCAUCCUGUUGAAGAACCCAGGUAACCAGGCGGGCUACGAACACUUUGACACCAUGAAGAACCAGUGGAUCGACAAUGUAGAGAAACUCACUGGUAACACACACACACACACAUGCAUGCAUGCAUGCAUGCAUAUGCAACCACACACACACGCACGUGGACACACACCCAAAGGUUUCUGAAGGCUGUGUACUGUAUGUUUCACUCUUCCUCAUGCCUCUUUGUGUGUGUGUGUGUGUGUGUCUGCGUGCGUGCGUAUGUGUCUGUCUGUGUGCUUGCAUGCGUGUGUGUGCAGGUCUGGUGGAUGAAGCCAUAGACACCAAGUCUCUGCUGGAUGCGUCUGAGGAAGCAAUCAAGAAGGACAUCGAUAAGUGUCGUGUCGCCAUGGCGAAUGUACAACCGCAGAUGCUAGUUGCCGGGGCGACCAGCAUAGCUCGGCGAGCCAAUCGCGUACUACUGGUGGCGAAGAGAGAGGUGGAGAACUCAGAGGACCCAAGGUUCAGAAAAGCAGUGAAACGUGCAUCAGAUAUACUCAGCCACACUAUAUCACCUAUGGUUAUAGACGCUAAGGCUGUGGCCGGAAAUAUACAGGACCCAGGUACUUACACGCACGCACACAUGCACACAUAUAUGCCUUGUUUCUACCACUUGUAUGUACAGAAUUUGACUGUAAUUCAUGCCCCUACUUCUCCCACUCAGCCCUCCAGAAGGCCUUUUUAGAUUCUUGCCUCAGAAUUCUGGCUGCUGUUGGGAAGGUCAGAGAAGCCUUCAGCCCCCCGGAACCAGACUUCCCCCCUCCACCCCCAGACCUAGACAAGCUACACGUGAGUACAAACACACACACACAGACGCAGUGUUACACAGUUAGACUCUUGAACUGUUUCAGCAUCAGACAUUGAUAAUUAAAACAAGAAAAACAAUGCUUUCUGACUUCAUGCCUCAUCUCUCCGUCCAUCCAACAGUCUUUCUGUCUGUCCGUGUGUCUGUCUGUCCCCUCCAGGUGAGUGAUCAGGAGCAGGCCCCCCCUAAGCCCCCCCUACCAGAGGGAGAGGUGCCCCCACCCCGCCCCCCACCUCCAGAGGAGAAAGAGAGAGACCGAGAUGAAGACUUUCCAGAGCAGAAGGCAGGAGAGCUGCUCAGUGAGCCCAUGAUGGUGGCUGCUAGGCAACUACACGACGAGGCACGCAAGUGGUCCAGCAAGGUCAGCACACACACACACACACACACACUGUACAUACAUUCACUGCUCUAGUGUUAGGGUGCUAGCCAUUAGCUUUAGUGCAGCUGUAAGUAUGUGCUAGUGUGUGUGAGUGUGUGUUAGUGCUAGUGUUCAUGCAAUCAGCAUUCAUGCAUUUCCCAGACAGAAGUAGACCUACUGUAUAGGGUUUAGCUGUGCUAGUAGGCCCUACCAGUGGUAUUACUGUGGUAAUGCAGUCUUAGUACCAGUGGUAAUGUAAUCUUAUUACCAGUGGUAAUGUGAUUAUACAGGGUUUAGAACAGGGUUUUACUGCAACUACUGUAUUAUGCUCUACAGAGGAAGGGUUGGUUAUGACAAAUAGGAGACAUGUGGAGGGGUUGGGUAUGACAGAGGCGGUUCUCUGAUGUCCUGUGUGUCUCUACUCUGAGUUGUGCAAUAAAGGGAUUUCUCCAACACGUCUGUGUUGCUGAAAUAUGGAGAUCUGGGAGCUGAUUCAAAUUUCAGACGAAAACUGGAAACUGUCAUCUGAGAAAGGUGUCUGCAUGCUGUGUCUCCAAACUAACCUUCCAACAAGAGUAGGGUUGCAAAAUUCCCUUAACUUUCUGAUUUCGGGAAUCUUCCAAACAGGAUUUCUGGAAAACCUGGGAAUUUUGGGAAAGUUCCCGGAAUUUUUUAACCCUAAACAGGAGGACUAGAACAGAACAGUCUUACAGAGUCUGGACAAAAACACAAUUCUCGCUCCUCUGUUAGAGUCAAUAUUGGUUUGGAUUCUGUCAACUACACAACAUUGAAACAACUCUUCAAUACUUUUGUACCUGUCUGUACCUGUAUCUAAAUGAACACUGUAGCCCAGGCUGACUCCCUCUCUCCCUGCCACCCUGCCCCAGCUCUCCUCAUUGCUACCUGCCUAGCCCAACUCUUUCUUCCCCUCCUCUCUCCUCCCUGAUAGAACUGUCUGCCUCUUCUCCUCUCUCUCUUCUUUCCCUUCUCCCCCAGUGGUAGUAUCGCUUUUUUCCCUCCCUCCUCUCAUUCCUCCUCCUCCCCUGACUGUAGACUUCCUCUUGUCCUUCUCUCCAUCCAAUGCCUGUCAUACAAACGUCCUACUUUCUACAUGCUGCCUCCCCACCCCUCUUAUCCUCCCUAACCCAUCCUCUUCCCUCACCCCUAUCCCUCCUACUCCCCUCCCCUCCUCUCCCCACCCACCCCCAGCCUAAGGAAGAGGAGGGUGUAGAGGAGGUAGAUGAUGAAGACGAGUUUACUGACGGUGAGGAUGACUAUGAGCCAGAGCUGUUGAUGAUGCCGUCAAACGGCAAUGCCGUAAAUCAACCCAUCCUUGCCGCAGCCCAGUCACUUCAUCAGGAGGCACGCAAGUGGUCCAGCAAGGUAUAGGACACGCCCCCAAAGGCCCCUACUGGCCACUGCAUCCCCUCUGCACCCAGCUCUGCAUCCUGCUGUUGGAAAAGUCACAUACUGUUACUAUGGGAACAUGUAACUUACUGUUACUAUGGGAACUUGUAACUUAUUGGGACUAAGUUUUCAGAAAGGUGUAGACUACGUCCUGACUGCAUCCCAUCUGCACCGUUACUAUGGAAACCCUCUGCUCUGCAUCCUGCUGUAACCAUGGGGACAUCCAAUCAGCUGUGGCUGCUGCAUUACUCCUGGACACUUAGUUGACACACAGUUGUGUUUACAUUGUGUUGUUGAGGUCUUGAUGUUGUGUUGAGGUUAUGUUAAGGUUGCCUGUGAGGAUUGUUGUUGGAAUGGCACCUUUGUUGCACCUGCUGGAUAAACUGAUACUGGCUUCUCAAGUCCCUCCCUUGGGUAACUAAGUGGUUUAGAGGAGGAGCCAGUCGCUCUGACUCUGCCUCUGUCCAACCUGUGAAGCCAAGGAUCACAGUUUCUCAAUACUUUCUGGGUGAUGUAGUUUCUGGCUGCCUGCUGUUGGUAUGAUGACACUUCCUGCUUUGCCUGAUGAUAAAUAUUAACCUCCCCCUGACCAUCAUCACAUGGUAUAACCUAUCAGCGCUGAAUGUUUUACAGUGUUGUAAAACAUUCUAAAUAAAGCUCAAGAAAACGAUAUAACUUUUGGACUAAACUGUUUUCAUUACACAUGAUCGUCAACCAUUGAAGAUCAAUGUCUGAGAACAGAAAUGUAUGAAAGACUAUUAACACAGAGGCAUGGAGAAGUGGAACGUGAAACACUGAGUACAAGGAGUACCCCACCCAUCCACUAUACUAACCCCCUCUUUCCCAUUGUCCCUCCCCCCAAUCUCCCCCAUCACACUAACCCCUAUCUCCCCGUCCCCUUCCUCCACAGGGAAAUGACAUCAUAGCGGCGGCCAAGAGGAUGGCGUUGCUGAUGGCUGAGAUGUCCCGGUUGGUUCGCGGCGGUAGCGGUAACAAGCGGGCUAUGAUCCAGUGUGCUAAAGACAUUGCCAAAGCCUCGGAUGAGGUCACCAGGCUGGCCAAAGAGGUGGCCAAGCAGUGUACUGACCGACGCAUCAGAACCAACCUGCUGCAGGUACACAUACACACAUGCGCACGCACAUACAAACACGUGCCUGCACGCACACACACACACUCACUCAGGGGGUGUAACAUACUGUUUAUGUGUCCAGGUGUGUGAGCGUAUCCCCACCAUCAGUACUCAGCUGAAGAUCCUGUCAACAGUCAAAGCCACCAUGCUGGGACGAACCAACAUCAGUGAGGAGGAGUCUGAACAGGUGAGAAAGAGAAAAUUAAGAAAAAAAGACGAGUGAUAUGUACAGUAAAUUAUUGUAAAAACAUAUACAGUGCCUUCGGAAAGUGUUCAGACCCCUUUACUUUUUUCACAUAUUCUUACAUUACAGCCUUAUUCUAAUAUGGAUUUUAAAAAACAAACAAAUCUGCAGCAAUCUACACACAAUACCUCAUAAUGACAAAGCGAACACAGGUUUUUAGAAAUGUUUGCACAUUUAUUAAAAAUAAAAAACAGAAAUACCUUAUUUACAUAAGUAUUCAGACCCUUUGCUAUGAGACUCAAAAUUGAGCUCAGGUGGAUCCUGUUUCCAUUGAUCAUCCUUGAGAUGUUUCCACCUGUGGUAAAUUUAAUUGAUUGGACAUGAUUUGGAAAGGCACACACCUGUCUAUAUACAGUUGAAGUCGGAAGUUUACAUACACUUAGGUUGGAGUAAUUAAAACACGUUUUUCAACCACUCCACAAAUGUCUUGUUAACAAACUAUAGUUUUGGCAAGUCGGUUAGGACAUCUACUUUGUGCAUGACACAAGUAAUUUUUCCAACAAUUGUUUACAGACAGAUUAUUUCACUUAUAAUUCACUGUAUCACAAUUCCAGUGGGUCAGAAGUUUACAUACACUAAGUUGACUGUGCCUUUAAACAGCUUGGAAAAUUCCAGAAAAUGAUGUCAUGGCUUUAGAAGCUUCUGAUAGGCUAUUUGACAUCAUUUGAGUCAAUUGGAGGUGUACCUGUGGAUGUAUUUCAAGGCCUACCUUCAAACUCAGUGCCUCUUUGCUUGACAUCAUAGGAAAAUCAAAAGAAAUCAGCCAAAAUAAUUGUAGACCUCCACAAGUCUGGUUCAUCCUUGGGAGCAAUUUCCAAACUGUUUGGCCAUAAUGACCAUCGUUAUGUUUGGAGGAAAAAGGGGGGACUUGCAAGCCGAAGAACACCAUCCCAACCAUGAAGCACGGGGGUGGCAGCAUCAUGCUGUGGGGGUGCUUUGCUGCAGGAGGGACUGGUGCACUUCACAAAAUAGAUGUCAUCAUAAGGAAGGAAAAUUAUGUGGAUACAGUGAGGGGGAAAAAGUAUUUGAUAUCCUGCUGAUUUUGUAUGUUUGCCCACUGACAAAGAAAUGAUCAGUCUAUAAUUUUAAUGGUAGGUUUAUUUGAACAGUGAGAGACAGAAUAACAACAAAAAAAUCCAGAAAAACGCAUGUAAAAAAUGUUAUCAAUUGAUUUGCAUUUUAAUGAGGGAAAUAAGUAUUUGACCCCUCUGCAAAACAUGACUUAGUACUUGGUGGCAAAACCCUUGUUGGCAAUCACAGAGGUCAGACAUUUCUUGUAGUUGGCCACCAGGUUUGUACACAUCUCAGGAGGGAUUUUGUUCCACUCCUCUUUGCAGAUCUUCUCCAAGUCAUUAAGGUUUCGAGGCUGACGUUUGGCAACUCAAACCUUCAGCUCCCUCCACAGAUUUUCUAUGGGAUUAAGGUCUGGAGACUGGCUAAGCCACUCCAGGACCUUAAUGUUCUCCUUCUAGAGCCACUCCUUUGUUGCCUUGGCCGUGUGUUUUGGGUCAUUGUCAUGCUGGAAUACCCAUCCAUGACCCAUUUUCAAUGCCCUGGCUGAGGGAAGGAGGUUCUCACCCAAGAUUUGACGGUACAUGGCCCCGUCCAUCGUCCCUUUGAUGCGGUGAAGUUGUCCUGUCCCCUUAGCAGAAAAACACCCCCAAAGCAUAUUGUUUCCACCUCCAUGUUUGAUGGUGGGGAUGGUGUUCUUGGGGUCAUAGGCAGCAUUCCUCCUCCUCCAAACACGGCGAGUUGAGUUGAUGCCAAAGAGCUUGAUUUUGGUCUCAUCUGACCACAACACUUUCACCCAGUUCUCCUCUGAAUCAUUCAGAUGUUCAUUGGCAAACUUCAGACUGGCAUGUAUAUGUGCUUUCUUGAGCAGGGGGACCUUGCGGGCGCUGCAGGAUUUCAGUCCUUCACGGCAUAGUGUGUUACCAAUUGUUUUCUUGGUUACUAUGUUCCCAGCUGCCUUGAGAUCAUUGACAAGAUCCUCCCGUGUAGUUCUGGGCUGAUUCCUCACCGUUCUCAUGAUCAUUGCAACUCCACGAGGUGAGAUCUUGUAUGGAGCCCCAGGCCGAGGGAGAUUGACAGUCUUUUGUGUUUCUUCCAUUUGCGAAUAAUCGCACAAACUGUUGUCACCUUCUCACCAAGCUGCUUCGCGAUGGUCUUGUAGCCCAUUCCAGCCUUGUGUAGGUCUACAAUCUUGUCCCUGACAUCCUUGGAGACUCUUUGGUCUUGGCCAUGGUGGAGAGUUUGGAAUCUGAUUGAUUGAUUGCGUCUGUGGACAGGUGUCUUUUAUACAGGUAUCAAGCUGAGAUUAGGAGCACUCCCUUUAAGAGUGUGCUCCUAAUCUCAGCUUGUUACCUGUGUAAAAGACACCUGGGAGCCAGAAAUCUUUCUGAUUGAGAGGGGGUCAAAUACUUAUUUCCCUCAUUAAAAUGCAAAUCAAUUUAUAACAUUUUUGACAUGCGUUUUUCUGGAUUCUUUUGUUGUUAUUCUGUCUCUCACUGUUCAAAUAAACCUACCAUUAAAAUUAUAGACUGAUCAUUUCUUUGUCAGUGGGCAAACAUACAAAAUCAGCAGGGGAUCAAAUACUUUUUUCCCUCACUGUAUAUUGAAGCAACAUAUCAAGACAUCAGUCAGGAAGUUAAAGCUUGGUCGCAAAUGGGUCUUCCAAAUGGACAAUGACCCCAAGCAUACUUCCAAAGUUGUAGCAAAAUGGCUUAAGGACAACAAAGUCAAGGUAUUGGAGUGGCCAUCACAAAGCCCUGACCUCAAUCCUAUAGAACAUUUGUGGGCAGAACUGAAAAAGUGUGUGCGAGCAAGGAGGCCUACAAACCUGACUCAGUUACACCAGCUCUGUCAGGAGGAAUGGGCCAGAAUUCACCCAACUUAUUGUGGGAAGCUUGUGGAAGGCUACUCGAAACGUUUGACUGAAGUUAAACAAUUUAAAGGCAAUGCUACCAAAUACUAAUUGACCCAUUGGGAAUUUGAUGAAAUAAAUAAAAGCUUAAAUAAAUCAUUCUAUCUGCUAUUAUUCUGACAUUUCACAUUCUUAAAAUAAAGUUGUAAUCCUAACUGACCUAAGACAGGGACUUUUUACUAGGAUUAAAUGUCAGUAAUUGUGAAAAGUUGAGUUUAAAUGUAUUUGGCUAAGGUGUAUGUACAUUUCCGACUUCAACUGUAAGGUUCCACAGUUGACAGUGCAUGACAAAGCAAAAACCAAGCCAUGAUGUCGAAGGAAUUGUCCGUAGAGCUCCAAGAGGAUUGUGUCGAGGCACAGAUCUGGGGAAGGGUACCAAAACAGUUCUGCAGCAUUGAAGGUCCCCAAGAACACAGUGCCCUCCAUCAUUCUUAAAUGGAAGAAGUUUGGAACCACCAAGACUCUUCCUAGAGCUGGCCGCCCAGCCAAACUGAGUAAUCGGGGGAGAAGGGCCUUGGUCAGGGAGGUGACCAAGAACCCAAUGGUCACUCUGACAGAGCUCUAGAGUUCCUCUGUGGAGAUGGGAGAACCUUCCAGAAGGACAACCAUCUCUGCAGCACUCCACCAAUCAGGCCUUUAUGGUAGAGUGGCCAGACGGAAGUCACUCCUCAGUAAAAGGCACAUGACAGCCCGCUUGGAGUUUGCCAAAAGGCACCUAAAGACUCUCAGUCCAUGAGAAACAAGAUUCUCUGGUCUGAUGAAACCAAGAUUAAACUCUUUGACCUGAAUGCCAAGCAUCACGUGUGGAGGAAACCUGGCACCAUCCCUACAGUGAAGAAUGGUGGUGGCAGCAUCAUGCUGUGGGGAUGUUUUUCAGCGGCAGGGACUGGGAGUCAGGAUCGAGGCAAAGAUGAACGGAGCAAAGUACAGAGAGACCCUUGACGAAAACCUGCUCCAGAGCGCUCAGGACCUCAGACUGGGGAGAAGGUUCACCUUACAACAGGACAACAAUCCUAAGCACACAGCCAAGACAAUGCAGGAGUGGCUUCGGGACAAGUCUCUGAAUGUCCUUGAGUGGCCCAGCCAAAGCACAGACUUGAACUCGAUCUAACAUCUCUGGAGAGACCUGAAAAUAUCUGUGCAGCAAUGCUCCCCAUCCAACCUGACAGAGCUUGAGAGGAUCUGCAGAGAAGAAUGGAAGAAACUCCCCAAAUACAGGUCUGCCAAGCUUAUAGUGUCAUACUCGAGACGACUCGAGGCUGUAAUCGCUGCCAAAGAUGCUUCAACAAAGUAUUGAGUAAAGGGUCUUAAUACUUAUGUAAAUGUGACAUCUGUUUUUUAAUUCUAAUAAAUUAGCAAACAUUUCUAAAAAAAAAUAUAUGUUUUGUCAUUAUAGGGUAUUGUGUGUGGUUGAUGAUAUUUUUAUUUUAUUUAAAUCAAUUUUAGAAUAUGGCUGUAACCUAACAAAAUGUGGGAAAAGUCAAGGGGUCUGAAUACUUUUCGAAGGCACUGUAUAUAUCUUCAACCCUGUUUCAACUCCCUUGCUCCCCAAAGUCUACAGUGUUUAACCUGUAUCUCGCUCUCCCUCCAAUCCAUCCAGGCUACAGAGAUGCUGGUCCAUAAUGCCCAGAACCUGAUGCAGUCAGUCAAGGAGACGGUGAGAGAGGCCGAGGCUGCUUCCAUCAAGAUCCGCACCGAUGCAGGCUUCACCCUGCGCUGGGUACGCAAGACCCCCUGGUACCAGUAA